UUCGGGUUAAAGACACACAUUGUCCGCUCCGCUCUCUAGUGAUUACGCAUGCUUAUGAAUCCAGACAUAUUCAGCAAAACAAAUGUCCCUUUUUGUUCUUUCUUUGUUGAUUUACUUAAUAUUUAUUUCAUUUGUUUAAGUUUAGAGUGAGGAGUUCGAUCUAAAAUCUGUGUUGUAGAAUAAUGCUAAGAAAAACGGAUAAUUUUGGGAAACAGUUUUGCAGGCUAUGUUUCAGUAUUAUAAAUGAUGAACGUUUUGAAGAGAUAAAAGACGUCAUGAGGUAUAUUUUAGAUGUCCUUUUAUUGAAACUGGAUCUCAAUGACAGAAGCGAACAAAUAAUUUGUAAUGCUUGUUCUUUAAAAGUAAUGGAAGCAUUUAAAUUUAAGUCAAUGUGUCUGUACCCUGAUAAUACCAUAAAUCCUUAUGUCAAUGACGAAACAGGAUAUUCUGUUGAUUUAAGAGAAAUUUUUGCAAAGGAAAAAGGAAAAGAACAAUUAAUAACCACAUUAGAUCACACAAUAUGUCGAUUAUGUACUCAGAUAAUCAAAGAACAAUUUAUAUUGGUACAAGAAGUAGAUGUUGAUAUGAUCAACAUGUAUAUACCAGAAAUAAACUUCCUCAUAACCAAAAAUCCUACCAUUUGUAAGCAAUGUUUUGAUUCUAUUGGCAUCCACAGUAAUUUCAUUAAGAACUGUUUAAAAGUAGAGGAAAAAAUCAAAUGUUUUCCUCCUGGCUCUCUGUGGACAUUAGCAUUUGAUUCGUGCGUUGAAACUAAAGAGAUUGGAUUAAAACUUGAAAAAAACGAGUAUGAGGAUUUGAUCAAAAGUAAUUUUACUGCAGAGAAAUCGAAGGACGAAGAUGAGACCACUAUUAAAACUGAGUGCAUUGAUAUAAAAUCAGAAUAUGAUAGUGAGAGUGGCGCAUCUCUGGACGUUUUGCCCCAUAGUUCAGCACACGAUACCAUUUCCACAAUAAAAGAAAGCAAACCUAUACUCAAGACACAUGUAACGGAACUCAGACACCCCCCAAGGAAAAAAGUACAUGAUUUUGGAAAAUCUGGCUACAAAACUGCGAGUGAGAAGUGCCUAGCAAUUCACCAAUCGGUACACAACGAGGCCCUUGGGGUGCAAAUGUACAAAUGUGAUACUUGUGAUUAUAUCACCAUUCACAAAAGUAUCUUGACAUGCCAUCAAAUAGGACAUAAGGAUCCCCUAGAAGUCCCAAUUUUGAAAUGCGACACAAACGGUUAUGAAACCAAUUGCAAAAGCAUUCUUACAGACCACACGUUGACACACAAGGAACCUUCUCAAAAACAAAUAUUCAAGUGCAUUUACUGCCAGUUCGAGUCGAAAUCUAAGAGGGGAAUAAGCCGUCACAUUUUUAUCCACGAAGGAAGAUUGCUCGACCCCAAGGAAGCCACGAAGAUAAUGCAUAUGUUAAGACUCAACAAGCCGUUUUCUAUUAAAAAGCUUACUUGCGAGAUAUGCAACUUCACGACCUUGAACAAGUCGAAGUUUUCUGACCACCAGUUGCGGCACAAAGGGGAGAAACCCCACACAUGUAACGAGUGCGACUAUAGAGCGUUGAGGAAGAGUUCGCUUAAGGUACAUCUGUUGUCACACAAAAAGCCGUCAGAACUACCCUUAUAUAAAUGUGAUAAGUGUGACUACGAAACGAAACAAAAGGGCAGUCUUAUGAAACAUCAAAUAAGACACAAAAGUGCUUCUGAGGCAAAUAUGCACAAGUGCCUGUACUGCGCCUACGAAACAAAAUACAAACCUGUUUUAAAGGACCAUAUCAUAUACCUACACAGAAGUAAACUGCUCGAUUCCGAGGAGAAUUUGAGGGUAAAGCAUGUUUUAAAGCUCAGAAAAGUCAUAACAGUGAAAACAUAUAAAUGUGACAAGUGUGACUAUGAGACAGUACACAAGAGGGAGUUCGCAAAUCACCAGUCAAAGCAUGGCAUACUGAGUUUGCGCUAUAGGUGUGAGGAGUGCAGUUACGCAACCAUGUACAAGAACCAUCUUGUGUCGCAUCAACUGUCACACAAGGAAGCAUCUGAGGUGCCCGUGUACACAUGUGAUUUGUGUUAUUUUGAAACUAAGUACAAACGGAGCUUUGAUAAGCACUACUUGAAGCAUGGGAAUCCUUCAAAGGCAGAAAUAUAUCAGUGCAAAGAGGAUAGUUAGGAGAGUAAGUACUAGAACAAUUUCAUUGUUGUAGUUGAUGCAAAAGGAUCCUUUGGAAGUUAAAAUAUGCAAGUGUGGUAAGAGUAGUUACGAGAGCAGGUGUAAGAGCUGUCUCAUAUUUCCCUUGUCAAGAGACAAAACGAUGCAGAGGUGCAAGGAAAAGAAUGUGUUUUGGACAGUGGGCUGUAUGUAACUAAGGGAGAGUUGGGUAAAAAUCGAUACUUAGUGUUAAAUAUUUAAUAAUACUUUUAUUACAUAUAUGCAAAAGAACAAUAUUUGAUUUUAUUUCACUAACAUCAUCUAUUUCCACAUUGUUAUCCUGUUUUGAAAUAUUGAAAAUAGAGAAAAUAUAUA